GGUUAUCAAGGGGGUGUGAGGGGGCAUGCUGGAUAAGCGUGGGAUGUCGCGUGCCCAGAACUUGUAUAAACCUUCAUAAUUGCCACCCAAAUUGCAGCCCAGACCUCUGGAUAUCGCUAAGAACACUCUUUAGCAAACGAUCCGACUGGUUCUACUUCAGACCAUUCCUUUACUCCAUCAAGACGUCCUUUCAACAUGGGUGAGAAGCUGGGAGAAAGCAAUGACAUCGAGAAGUCGGAUCUCUCACUGCCGGCCGAGCAUCUGGUAGAUGGGUCGUUGCCAAUAAUAGAUCCAGUUGCGGAGGCGAAAUUAGUCCGCAAACUGGACCUCUUCAUAAUUCCAAUCACUAUGUCGCUUUACCUGUUCAGUUUCCUUGAUCGCGUAAACAUCGGAAAUGCUCGCCUGUACGGACUCGAAAAAGAUCUUGGGCUUCAUGGUAAUCAAUACCAAACUGCGGUAUCUCUAUUGUUUGUGACGUACAUUUUGAGCGAACUACCUUCAAACCUUGUCAUCAAAAAAUUUCGACCGUCACGUUGGAUUGCCUUCAUUACGACGUCAUGGGGUAUUAUAGCCACGUUGACUGGUAUUGUUCAAGGGUAUGCGGGCUUGAUAGCCUGUAGACUCCUGCUAGGUCUCUUCGAGGGAGGUCUUUUUCCUGGAAUGACAAUAUAUCUGACCAUGUUUUACACGAAAAGAGAGCUAGCGCUUAGAGUUGGCUAUCUCUUCGUGAGUGCAGCCAUUGCGGGUGCUUGUGGUGGCCUUCUUGCUUACGGCAUCGGCCAUAUGAAUGGUGUAGCUGGUCAAUCAGGCUGGCGUUGGAUCAUGAUCAUUGAAGGCUUGCCGUGUAUUUUGCUUGGCGUCUUCACCUGGUUCUGGCUUGCAGAUGAACCAGAGACGGCGUACUACCUCAAACCACACGAAAGAGAGAUGAUGACGAAAAGGAGAGAAAGGGAGUUUGGGUUACGUACAUCGGCUCAUGAGUUUCACAUGAAAGAUGUCAAAGCUGGUCUGAAGGACUGGAAGAUCUACGUCUUCUGCGCAGGUCAAUUCUGCGCCGAUAAUAUGCUGUACGGCUACAGCACCUUUUUGCCGACAAUCAUCAAAGGCAUAAACUCAUCCUGGUCCAGCCAAAUCGUCCAGGUUCUAACAAUUCCGUGCUACGCUCUCGGCGCGAUCACUUAUCUCACCGUCGCAUGGGUAUCUGACCGAUUUCAGCGCCGUGGGAUUCCAGUGGUUCUGCUAUGCCUUGUUAGUGUCAUAGGUUAUGCGAUGCUGAUGACUGAUACUGGAAGUGGGGUACAUUAUGCAGGAUGCUUCCUAAUUGCUAUGGGGUUGUACGUCACUGUUGGAAUCCCACUGGCCUGGUUACCUUCCAAUACGCCAAGAUAUGGCAAACGGACAACGGCGUCUGGGUUACAGCUAACGAUUGGAAACUCCGCAGGAAUUAUGGCUCCUUUCUUAUAUCCAACUCGUGAAGGCCCACUAUAUCAUCGUGGCCAUGGCGUAACCAUGGGUCUUGUUGCGCUAGGCGCAGUGAUCUAUGGCUCUAUGUCAGCAUAUCUCACUUACGUAAACCGACGCAGGCGAGAGGGUCUUGAGAAUAGUAAAGUAGAAGGCUUGACACCAGACGAGAUCGAGGACCUAGGCGACGAAAAUCCGAGAUUCGUGUAUGCCACCUAGGUAUCUAAUCGCCAGAGUGCGGCUUAAGAGUUGUGAAAAGAUGCAAAAUUUCAUUUGUCUGGAGGAUGUGUCUAUCGCUUUAGUCACCAAUCAGUACAUGUCACUCACAUACUUGAAAAUGCAGUCCCGAAAUUCA